AUGCCGUCACUACUACAGCGCCGUCUCCGCCCCAACAGGUCGGCAUCGGCUUCGACUUCAGCUUUGAGAUCCGCACCACUGCCGCCCAUCGAAGUACCCGCCCACCCAAUCAACGACGUAGGCAGGCGCGCACUGUCUGAUAUCUCCAACAACCGCGAGACGCGCAAGUAUCAGGACCACCUCACCAAGUCGGCUACCUAUCUACGCUCUAGCGUUGGCAGUGUCAAUGAUGUCCUGUUUGCUCGUCAAAGCCAGCUGGCCAGCGCGAUCGAAAAGCGCACUGUACAAAGUAUCACCGAAAAGACAGAGUACGAGGCCGACUUGGAGAAAUAUGUUGAAAAGCUCAAUACUGAGAUAGGCGAAUUGACGGAUGGUGCCGAGGCGGCCUUGCGCGAUGUGAUUGACUGCCGCGCCGAGCUAGACGACGAGAAGAUGGUGCUCGAAGCCGUACACAGAGCCGUCGAGGAGGCGAAUACACAGCGGGCCCAGUUCCUGACCCAGCAACAGCGAGAUAGGAGGCCGAAGCGAACACGGCGACCUGGCGCAGAUAGCGAUAGCGAGAAUGGAGAGGAGGUGGUGGAUAACGCCGAAGCUGAGGAUGACGACGAUGAUCUGGGUAUGCACGACGCUCUGCCCUUAACGAGCGUGCACGACAUUCUGAAAACGGAGCGGCAAGCCAAGGCCGAGGAGUACCAGGCCAUGAGCGUACACGAGCGAUACGCCGUGAACAAUGACUAUAUCGCCUUCAAGAGGACAUGGCAUGACGCCCUCCAUCCAGAUGACCAGAUCCCCCUGCCCGAUGCGUCCACAUGGUUUGAUCGAAGCGGCAGACCCACCAAGGGUGUAGCAGCCGAGCCCGAAGACGACGAUCUCGUGGUAGAGCGCGAGAUCAUCGACCUGAAGUGCCCGCUAUCGCUGCAGGUCAUGCGCGAGCCGUACAGUAACCACAAGUGCAAACACACAUUCGAGAAAUCCGCCAUCAUGGACUUUUUGAGAACCAGUGGUGGUGCCGCAAAGUGCCCUGUCUGUUCCCAAGAACUACGAAUCAAGGACCUGUACCUGGACGAGUUGGUGCUACGGAAACUGAAGCGCGCCGAGCAAGCAGCCCGACGCAAUAACGACGACACGUCAGGUCUCGAUUCCGAGAGCGAUAGAAACGAGAGCGUGCGCGUUCAAAGCUCAACCCGCGUCAAAAAAGAAAGGAUGCACCGGAAGGUCGAGGAUGUCGAGGACGACGAGACUGAGUAA